AUGACUAAAAAAUUAGCAUUUGAAGCGCUUGAUAGGACAUUACGUGAUAUAAUGGAUUCGGUGUUUGAUAGGAAAAAAAAUUUAUCUUUCGGUGGGAAAGUAGUUGUUCUUGGUGGUGAUUUUAAGCAAGUGUUGCCAAUCAUUCCAAAGGGUUCUAGUGUUGAAGUUGUGAUGGCUUCCAUAAAUUCUUCUGUUCUUUGGAAAUAUUGCAAAGUUUUAAGAUUAACAAAAGAUAUGAGGUUAGCAAGUGGAUUGGAACAAUCAACUGCUCAGGAGUUAAGGUCCUUUUUAGAUUGGAUACUUCAAAUCAGUGAAUGUCAAUAUGAAAUUGUGAUCAAUGAUAAAAUUUCUGUUGAUAUUUCUUCUAUUCUAAUCAUUCUUGUUUUGCAAAAUCCAGUUGAAGAUAUAAUAAAUACAAUUUAUCCGAAUUUGGUUCAGAAUUUUCAUAAUCCAAGUUUUUUCCAGGAUAAGGCAAUACUGUCUCCGACUGUCGAGAAUGUUGAAGAGAUAAAUAAUUAUAUAGUUGACUUGUUGCCUGGUGAGGAGAAAAAUUAUCUCAGUGCUAAUUUGAUAUGUGGUAGCGAUGCCUAUUCUAAUGUUGAUAUUGAUUGGAUAAAUGUUGAAUUCUUGAAUCAAAUUAGGUGUUCUGGUUUACCUAAUCAUUCGUUGAAGUUGAAAAUAGGUGUGCCUAUUAUUUUGUUGAGGAAUAUUGAUCCAGCUGGUGGUUAG